CAACACAUGUUGCAUCACAUCUUGAUAAGUCUCAUAUAUAGACUCUGAACUUUACUAAUUUGUAAUGUUCAACAAUUGCAGUACAAAAUGUCAUCUCCAGCAAUAAUUGAAACAGUGUGGAAUGCAACGACAAAAUGCAUCAUCAUUGAGGAUGUUAAUUCGGUGAGUGCCUCUCCCGAACUAACGCCGAAUAGCGACACAAAAAACAUAAGAUCAACACCACCACCACCACCAUUCAAGAAACGCAUGGUUAGCUUUCAGAGAGAGUUGACACUAGAUAUACCUGCUCAACCUAGCUGUCGGAGAGACUUGAAGCUUAAUAUACCCCCUCAUCCAAUGACGCUAGAUGGUGUAGUACACUUUCAUCUGACUUUGGAAGAUGCAGCGCGUCCAUCUGGAUGUAUCGUCAAUCCGAUUCAACCUGAAUGGCCACAAAUGCUCAAGAUUUCGAACGGGUCCUGCUUGCAGGAAAUAUUCAUAUACACGCAGGGAGAUCACGUUGUAAUUCGAACAUUUAAACUUAAACUUAUCGUUGUGAACAAGGUGAAGCGGGUAGGCUGUAUGCCUUACAGCUCGAAGUUUGCACGACUACCUCGACAGGAGUUUGACUACAUGAUCACCUGCUGCACAGAAAGAGGAAUUCGGGAGUAUAUGCGUGCCAUUCAAGAUGAUUUGGCCGUUCCAAACCAGGCACUGGCUACACCUUUGAAUGCACAGCAUCACCUAGGACUGGGAUACGAGUUCAAAGUGCAUUCUGAUAUAAACCUUUUCGAAGUAACAUCGACUUACCACGACCGGGUAAAACAAAAAUUUACCCAACUUUGGUCAGUGUACCUCAAUUUCGAGGAGAUGGAGGAUGUAUUGAAAAACAUACACAGUCUUAUUCCUCCCUUAGCUAUAGAGGACAUGAAUUGUAUAGCCACGUUACAUGGUGAUCAUAUGAACCAGGAGGGUAUGUGGGCUUGUAACGUGUGCCAAUAUCUCUCUCCAUGUGAUAACCUGCUUGACAAUUAGAUACACUUUUUAUCUUUAAAUUGUGUUGUACUAGCUAAAGCAUUCAUUGCAGGCAACAUAAUUACAUCAAUGGGAAAUCACACAAAACAUUUCUCUGUCUAUUGUUAUUUUGUAUUCAAUUUUUAAUAAAUGAUUCAAUUAUUAUCCCAUCGAACGAAGUUCGGAGGGAUAUAGGGAACGCCUCCGUCCGUCCGUCCGUCCAUACAUCCUUCCAUACGUCAGUCCGUCCGUCUGUCCGUCCGUCCGGGUGAUAACUCAAAUACCGUUGGCCCGAUUUUGUUCACAUUUUGUACAAAUAUGCCCUAUGGCGAUAGAAGUUCUACUCGAAAGCCGAUUUUCAAAAUGGCCACUCGUUUCAAAAUGGCGGCCAUUUCAAUGCCGAUUUUACAGUAAUUUAGGUACAAUAUAUAAAACUGUAAUAGCAAUGUGUUUUAAAUGUAAAGAAGUUAUAAAGGACAUAAUAAAGCUAGAAAUGUAGAUAUUUAAGAAACACACGGCAGCCAACUUGUAAAAUGGCGGCCCUUACACGCUAUUUACGAUUUUUGCUGUAACUUGAAAAGUAGUGGAGCGAUUGUGUUCAUAUUUGAUAUUUGAAUACUCAUAAGCAUGGCACACUGUCUAAUGAUACUUUGGGUAGUAGGUGGCCAUUUUACGUGUGUUAUUUUACGUUUUUUCCCCAUAACUUGAAAAGUAGUGGAGCGAUUUUGUUCAUAUUUGAUAUGCGAAUACUAUAUUGCAUGGCACCCUG